AUAAUAAUGACAGAUAUUGCUCUAAGUCAAUUUAUUCCACAUUACUUUGUUUAAUCAAGAACAGAGCUUACCAAUAAAUAUUUAGAAUAUUUACACAGUGAUAUUGUAUUUCCCUACUUAUUGUUAAAGAUUUUAACAUGUUCGAGUCCCAAUUAUAUGGUGCUUUGACUGUGUAUCGCGAGAGGGGAGCGUAUUUAAGAAGACUAGAACAAUUUGAAAAAGCCAAAACAGCCUACGAUGAAGCAUACACUAACGCAAACACAGAUGUACGGACACUCACAGGAAGAAGCCAGGUAUGUUCUGAUGCUGUCCAGCCACUUCAAGCGUUCACAGAUGCCGAGCUGGCACUCAAGCUGGAACCUGAGAAUAUGAUUGCCCGAAGCAUGCAAUGUCGAGCUAUGUACACAAUGUCAGACUUUGAAAGAUCAAUUGUCAUGAACUACCGUGGAGCCAGGGUGCGCCGUCAACCGCCUUAUUUUGUGGAAGGCAUCAACCAAGGAAUCGAAACUAUACAGGAUUGCAUAGGAGUUAACGCCGGGGACGUAAUGCUAGAUUUUUUACCUUUAAUUAUGAAAUCAGAGGUAGCAGUAGUUGAUGAAAAUGAACCGAAAAAAAAACUACAUAUUUCACGAAUUCCACAACCGGAAACUAAAAAAAAAUUAACUCAAAUGCAGGCUCGAAAGCAUGCAAUUUUAGCUCGCGUUCUUGCUAUGAAAUAUUUGGGACCGAUGGCAUAUGAUAAGUUUUUUCUUUUGAAGCUCAAAGUUGACGAAAGGCUUACGUCCGCCAAUGUAACUGGAAGUAUUGAAUUAAAAAAAAUUGCAAGAGAAUCAUUACGUUCAUUGACUGAACGACAGGAAAUGUUGCGCGCUCAAAGGCCUUAUUACUCCAUCAAAUAUGGCGAAAGGGCUGUAUCUAAAUAUCAAAAUAAAUAUAAAGAAGAAGUACUUGCUAGAGAACGUGAGAUAAACGCGCGAAACAUUGAUCGCUUAUUAAAACAAAUAGAAAAAAGCUUGCGAGGGAAGCGCGUUAUGGAGGUCAUGUCGCACGCAGAGCGGCUGCAACAAUUACUUGACAUGAAGACACCGCGAACGUUACCCGAUAAGGACAUUUACAUAGAUCGAUUAUACAGAGCAGUAGGUGAGGCUUAUUUUUGCCAGCAUCGUCUCUCCUACAGGCUCAGUGAACGUGGCAACAGGAGGAGAAUCGCUUUCCUCAUGGGACUCCCAGUUGGCCGUCCUAAGUCCUUCGACUCAGUUCUGGGUAAUUAUCCUUAUAAGUUUGUUGACGUUAAAAAAGCUUUGACUAAAGUUUCAGCAACUUUAGAUAUGUGCGAGAAUUCCACGAUGAGAUGUUGGUUGAUGUACGAAAUGUCUAGAAUGUUGACGACUCAAAAGAAUUAUGCUCUCAGUAAGUUUUACGCAAAGAGAGUUCAACGGGAGGCUGAAGAAAUAUCCAAUGCGACGUGGUGGCUGAACGGCCUGUUCGCAUUAUUGAGCGGUGAUAUGCAGCAGAGCAAUAUUAACGAAGUCCGUGCCGCAGUAGAAGAGGCCUACGAAUACUCGAAAAAGGUACAAGAUGCGGAACAGGUGCAGGCCUUCCUCUGGAAAUGUGUCGAGAUGAUGGAAGACGAAGUUCAAAUCGAAGAAAGAAAAAUUAUCGAGAAACGGGAAAACCAAAUAUUGGACGUUAUGGACCCGGUACAGCGCGUCGAAGCUCGCGUGCUGUUUAAGAAAAUGUCGGCGUUGCCGCGAGGAAGAAGGUUCUCGGUUCUGCCACAGAAGUUUGACUUUGCUGGUAUGAAGGCGGAGCGACGGCGCCGCCACCAAAUGGGCCUGACCGUGAUCCCAGGCCCGGUGCGGUCCUUACCAGCUCCAAAGAAAUCAGAUACGCCAGGUUUUCAGAUAUUUGAUAUCUAAUUUUUUUUCUGUAAGUUUAUUUAUUCCUUGUGUUUGAUAGUUGUUAUUCUUAAUUCUUCUUAGACUCCAAUUUUAAGUUUUAUAUUUUAGUGUUAUUAAAUAUAUAAGCUUUACAA